AUGCUGUGUAGGUAAGAACACAAUGCUGUGUAGUAGAACACUAUGCUGUGUAAGUAAGAACACAAUCUUUGUAGUAGAACACAUGCUGUGUAGUAUAGUAGAACACAUAUGCUGUGUAAGUAGAACGCAAUGCUGUGUAGUAUAAACACAAUUCUGUAUUUUAGUAGUAGAACCAAUGCUGUAUUUUUAGUAGAGAACACACUAUGUGUAGGAGAACACAAUGCUGUUUGUUAGUAGUAGAGCCACAAUGCUGUGUAGUAGAACACAAUGCCGUGUAUAGAACACAAGCUGUGUAGUAGAACACAAUGCUGUAUUGUAGUAGUAGAACCAACAAAAAAAAAAAUUGCUGUGUAGUAGAACACAUGCUGUGUAGUAGAACACAAUGCUGUGUUGUAGAACACAAUGCUGUGUAGUAGAACACAUGGCUGUAUAGUAGAACACAAAAAUGCGGUGUGUAGACCAAUGCUGUGUAGUAGCACACAAUGCUGUAUUGGUAGACACAAUGCUGUGUAGUAGACACAUGCUGUUGUAAGUCAGACACAAUGCUGUUUAGUAGUAUUAGAACCAAUGCCUGUGUAGUAGAACACAAUGCUGUGUCUAGAACAACAAUGCUGUGUAGUAGUAUUAUAACACAAUGCCUGUGUGUAUAACACAAUGCUGUGUAAGUGAACACAAUGCUGUGUAGUAGAACACAAUGCGUGUAGUAGAACACAAUGCUGUGUAGUAGACACAAUGCUGUAUAGUAUAACACAUGCUGUGUCGUAGAACACGAUGUGGUUCUUAAACACAAUGCUGUUUAGUUUUGAACCACAAUGCUGUAUAGUAGUAUUAGAACAGCAAUGCUGUGUAGUAGUAGUAAGAACACAAUGCUGUGUAGUGAACACAAUGCUGUGUAGUAGACACAAUGAUGUGGUAGUGACACAGCUGUGUAUAGAACACAAUGAUGUGUAGUAGAACCAAUGCUGUGUCUAGAAACACAAUGCUGUAUGUAGAAACACAAUGCUGUCUAGUAAACACAAUGCCUGUGUAGUUGUAGUGAACACAAAUGAUGUGUAGUAGACACAAUGCUGUGAGUAGAACACAAAUGCUGUUAGUAGAACACAUGCUGUAUAGAUAGAACACAUGCUGUUGUAGUAGAACACAAUCUUGUAGUAGAACACAAUGGCGGUGUAGUAGUAGUAGAACCAAUGCUGUGUAGUAGAACACCAUGCUGUGUGUAUUAUAGAAACACAAAUGCUGUGUAGUCGAACACAAUGCUGUGUAGUAGAACACAAUGCUGUGUAGUAGUAGUAGAACACAAUGCUUUGUAGUAGAACACAAUGCUGUGUAGUAGUAGUAGAACACAAUGCUGUGUAGUAGAACACAAUGCUGUGUAGUAGAACCCAAUGCGUUUAGGAAAAUAGUAGAAUGCUUCUGUCCACAUAAAUGAAUGGAACACAUCAGCACCUGUAGCGGAAUCUAAUUCCUACAGUCUAUCACAGUAAAGCUACAUGGGAGCAGAGGAAGAAUUAAGGUAUACAACUGUUAUUCACGGAAAGGAAAAUGUUUGAUACAUGCAGAGCAUUGAAUAAAAGAUUUUUUUUUUUUUUGUGUGUGUGUGUGUGUGUCAAAUGUAUGUAAACCCUGGAUUUCUGUUGUUAAGUGUCGGCCAUAUUGGCACUUUCCAGAAGAAUCAGUCCUCCACAGUAUUUCAAUUAAAAUUACAUGUAUUUAAGUAUGUUGUUGUGGUAGUGGGGACAGCAGCAUUAGUACUUUCUAAAUAUAUAUUUUAAGGAAAACAUAUUUUAUAUUUGUUCAUUUCAUAAGUGCAUGUUCAGCUCACAUACUGUAAUAUAAUUAAAAAGCAUGCAUUAAGGUGUCUGUAAUUGAAUAAACAUGGCAAAUACUAAUGUAGACAUUAAUAAAUGCAUUUCUAUAGUUUUCUAAAAAGAAAAUACAAUGGUGAAGUGCCUAGAUGGAGAUGCAGUAGCUUCAAAACAGCGCCCCCUCUCUGUCAUCUAGUGUAUAUAUAAAUAAUUUGUUUGUGUAUGUGUGUGUGUGCGCAUGUGUACAUGAUGCAAGUUUAUUCAUCCAGUCUAUCACAAGUAGAUCAAAAGGUUAUAAGCAUGUGAAUAAAGUCCUGUCAAGGUUUUUUUUUCAUACAAAGGAAAAUGUUAGAUACAAAGCAUUGAAUAGUCGUUUUGAAUGUGUUUGUGUGUGCAUCUAACCUCUCCCCUUUCAAUUCAAUUUCAAUUUAAGGGCUUUAUUGGCAUGGUAAACGUAUGUUAACAUUGCCAAAGCAAGUGAAGUAGAUAGUAAACAAAAGUGAAAUAAACCAUAAAAAUUAACAGUAAACAUUACACUCAGAAGUUCCAAAAGAAUAAAGACAUUUCAAAUGUCAUAUUAUGUAUAUAUACAGUGUUGUAACGAUGUGCAAAUAGUUAAAGUACAAAUGGGAAAAUAAAUAAACAUAAAUAUGGGUUGUUUUUACAAUGGUGUUUGUUCUUCACUGGUUGCCCUUUUCUUGUGGCAACAGGUCACAAAUCUUGCAGCUGUGAUGGAUCACUGUGGUAUUUCAUCCAGUAGAUAAGGGAGUUUAAUCAAAAUUGGGUAUGUUUUCGAAUUCUUUGUGGAUCGCUGUAAUCUCUCUCUCUCUCUCUCUCUCUCAGCCUGUGGGACAGCGGCGGCGGGCGCGGAGGACGAGGGUGAGGCUGAGGCCGGCUGGAUAGAGGGAGCAGCCAUCUUACUGUCUGUAGUGUGUGUUGUGCUGGUGACAGCCUUCAACGACUGGAGCAAGGAGAAGCAGUUCAGAGGGCUGCAGAGCCGCAUCGAGCAGGAGCAGAAGUUCCAGGUGGUUAGAGGUGCUGAGGUCAUCCAGCUCCCCGUGGCUGACAUCGUGGUCGGGGACAUCGCACAAAUCAAGUAUGGUAGGUAUGGAUACCAUAGAGCCCUGACCCUGACCCUAACCCUGACCCUGACCCUAACCCUAACCCUGACCCUAACCCUAACCCUGACCCUGACCCUAACCCUGACCCUGACCCUAACCCUGACCCUGACUACUGCACACAGCCCUAACCCUAACCCUGACCCUAACCCUAACCCUAACCCUAACCCUAACCUCGUCCCCAGACUACUGCACACGGUCAUUGAGGCAGCCCGAACCAUAACCUUGUCUCGAGACAACUGCACACAGCACAUAUAAGCCUGGGAUAUCAACCAUUCUAAGUUGGCCAUAGUAGGAGUGACCAUACAAUUCUAUGGGAGUGACCUUACUGAGUAAAGUAUUUGUCAUUUAAUUCUAGCAAAUCACACGACUGCUGGACUUCGCUCCAACUGGAGGCAAGACAUGUUUGGAAGACAUACUGGGAGAGUUAGGGGGUAGGUGUUGUGAGAGAUGAUUGGUUGGUAGAUUAAACCGAUUAAGCCAAUGCCUAUCGCGCAGAGUGUUUCUCCCGGUCUUUCUAUUUGCUAACAAAGGCCAAGUUUGAUGCGUUGGUCCACCACACUCUUUGUGCUUUUUUGGGCGGAAGUGUCUGGGAACGAGAUUACCCAUAAUCCUCACAGCAUCCAUCAGAGUAUUCUAAUCUGGAGGGCCUGAGUACGCCUGGUUUUCUACCUAGUAAUCAAUUGAUUGAUUCUAUUCACCUGAUGUCCCAGGUUUGAUCAGUCUGAAUAGUUGAAGAGAAAGAGAGGACAGGUCUUCUCGUUGAGCCCCCUUGCAUCUCUACAGUAUAAUACACAUUAUCACAAAGACACAUGGCUGGGAAUCAGACAGGAUGUGUGACGAGUACUGAGUAUACGAAGAGGCAGGACGCAGACGCAGGAAUUAACAAGGUCAAGGUUUACUAAACAAUGACAAAGAGAAUUAAGAAAGAUGGAGUUAACGACACGAAGCUAAACAAUCACACACAUCAUCUUCCAGAACAGUCCAGGGCUAAAUAGGGGUGGUGAUGAGAUGAUGAGGUGCAGGUGCUUCUGGAGGUGAUUAGGGUGCGUUCGGUUUCCAUUCCUGUGUUGCCGAGGUGGUGCGCUCAGACCGGUGGCUCAGUAGACCGGCGAAUCAGAGCGCCGGAGGGGAGCAACGGGAGGAGACGUGACCAGAUGCUAUUUACUGUGAUCUGAACCUCUCAACAGUAGCCUUUUUGCAAUGUUAUUUUGGGAGUUGUUUGUAGCUGCAGUCUUAUAAAAUAAAAUCUGUUCUCCUGUCUGGAUGCUACCUAUCUGCUUCUGAGUCUCUGAACUGCUAUUCUUUUUUAAAUGUAUUUUAUGACUGCAGUGUUAUUAAACAGUAUCUGUUUUCUGUGAAUGUGUUAUUUUAAAAACAUUUUAGUCAUUGUAGCAGACGCUCUUAUCCAGAGCGACUUACAGGUAGUGAGUGCAAACAUUUGUUUAUUUUGUUUAUUUUUUAAACUUGUCCCACGUGGGAAUCGAACCCACAACCCUGGCGUUGCAAGCGCCAUGCUCUACCAACUGAGCUACACGGGACUGUUAUAAAAUAGUAUAUGUUAUGUUGUUUUAUUAAAAUAGUAUAUAUUUUUUUUGUUCUGUUGUGUUGUGCAGGUGACCUGCUUCCAGCGGAUGGAGUGUUGAUACAGGGCAACGACCUGAAGAUUGAUGAGAGUUCACUAACAGGAGAGUCUGAUCACGUCAAGAAAGACGCCGACAGGGAUCCCAUGCUGCUGUCUGGUCAGUCGGUUAUUUACUGUGAUGUCACAGAGGUCCUGUGA